AUGGAUCGCGGCCACUCCCACACAGACAACCCCAAUAGCGCGGACGACGACGCAAAUCGACCACAGCAACCUAACGCAGUCGAGCGCUUCCUUGCUGAGCUGUUCCAGAAUCGUUUUCUCACAGACCUCUCGACCAACGACGACGAAGCUGCACCGACACGACCGAUUUCGCCGCGAACGCUACCCUCGAAUCACCUUGUGCCUUUCUUCACCGCCUCCAAUACCUUUCCAGUACCGCAAAAUCCAGUCAACACUGCACAAGUGGCAGAAAUCACAUCGCCGCAUACUCCAGCACGCCAAAUGCAAAGCGCGCAGGAUGUCGUCUUCUGUGUCGAGGAUACCGUGGGGCUCAAGGACGACAAGUACAGCGUCGGCAUCAUAGAGAGGUCUUUUGGCGAUGUCGACUCGCACGAGCCCCGGCCACAGCGCGACUACCCCGACGACAUCGAACGCCACACCGAUAUCCCCAGGGAAGAUUUUUGGAAGUUCAUGAAAGACGGUAUCCCACCGCGGGGUACCGUCCUAGUGUCAUGGCAGACCCAGUACAAGACGGAACUUAUACCAGAAGCAAAGCUUCAGCUGCUGGAUCGCGCGCUCUACGUAGGCGAUGUAGUCAAGAGGAAGGCCGAGGAUCAUAUUAGUGGUACCGUCAUUGGCACCCAGGCAGUCUGCACCCUCUUCCCCGCGACCCUCUUCAACGGCGGUCAAAUCACACAGACAACCACCGACGAUCUAUCCAUACGGAACAUCCCGGCCGACGAGCUCAUCAACGUGCACGAAUUCGUCGAGGGCGCCUUGGUCGUCUACGGCGACUGGGUCGGGCGGGUAGAGAACGUAUACGACGAGGUCGCCAUCAGGCUGGCCAACAACUCGGUCGUGGUCGUCGAGGACCCGGCCGAGCUGGAACAGGACGACACCACUCUCGAGCGGCUCAGCGUAGGCGACACAGUCAAGACCAAAAAGGGCAACCUGCGGCGGGGAAACUGGAGAUUCGGCGCAUACGAUCCGAGCGUGCCGCCUGUGGGCAUGGUCGUCGAGACAAGAGCAUCCGAAAUUGACGUGCAAUGGCUAGCAAGAAGCAUCGGCGCGCGCAACGUCGCCUUCAAUGCAGAUGAGCCUCCGGCGACAAUCGGUCGAGACGAAUUCGAGAGCCCCAACUUCUACCGAUACGAUGCCUCAGGAGGCACCGCCACAACACUCCCCGUCUCCGAAAACGGUGUCGAUAAAUCAUAUCAUGUUACUGAUGUGGCCGUGGGUGAUCGGGUACGGUUCAAGGACAUCGCCGGCGCCGCUGUAAAGUACGACGGCACGAGGGAACUACCCAACGGAUAUCCACAAGGGAAGGUGACCCGCAUCGCGCGGACGGAAAGCCUGGGAUACGAUCUCAAUGUCUUCUUAGUGAUGCAGACUCACAGUCGGGUCACCGUUCAAUGGCAAGACCUGUCCAUAACGCACGAUCUCAGCUCUUCUCUACUGCCAGAUCCCAAUGUAGAAGACGACGAUGAGGUCUGGCCAGGUGAAGUUGUUUUCUCCAAAGAGAAUCGCGAGGGUGACAACGCUGAUGACUCUGCGACAAAGAAGCCUUCGAAAGUGGGUGUAGUCCAGACAGUCAAGGGCCGAGAUCGGAUAGCCACUGUGCGAUGGUUCAAGAAUCCUUCCAUUGAGUUCUUCGGUCCAGAUCUACUUCCUCCGUCAAGUACAGGAGAGCUACAAGAUGCCAUUGAAGACGUCAACUCAAUCGAAGGUGUACAGACACCACUCAACGUCACUGGCCCCGACUGGUUUGGAGAGGUUAUUGACCUGGGCCUGGACGGGAAGCUCACGGUUCGCCUUGGCGCAGCAAAGCCUGUCGUGGAUGUCAAGGUUCCCUAUGAACGCGUCACUCUUGCCUACAGCAGCGACAUGGCUGAUGAUUUCGGCAACAUGGAUCCGCUAGAGGGUGAAUACAUCGACGACUCUGACGAGAGCGAUGAGAGCGAUUUCGACACGGCGUCAUUCAACGAGAUGUGGAUCGAGUAUGAGGGCAUGGAUGGUGAACAGCCUGUUGGCGACGAAGGAGAUUGGUCGACAGAAGAUGAGGAUGAAGAGGAAGAAGACGAUGGCAAUACGGACACAUCCAUGCCCGAUCUGGUCGACAUCACAAAAGAAGUCGAUACAUCGAAGACGACUCCCGAAGAGCCUGAUGAAGACGGCGGUAUAGCGCUAGACGAUCAUACAGAACAGCCCACGGAGGGACCAGCUUCUUUCCUCAUCCUCGAAGAAGCCCCACCGGCGUCCCACCACUACCUUUCUCAAUCAUCAGCUUCCUCGUCAGCCUUCAUGCGCCGGAUAGCAAAAGAGCACAAGAUCCUUCGAAGCUCGCUUCCACCCGGCAUCUUCGUCCGCACCUGGGAGUCUCGAUUAGAUCUCCUCCGCGUCCUCAUGAUCGGUCCCAACGACACACCCUACGAGUACGCGCCCUUCGUCAUCGACUUCCACCUCGGAUCGGCAUACCCCCAAGAAGCACCAUCAGCCUUUUUCCACAGCUGGACAAACGGCAACGGUCCCGUGAACCCCAAUCUAUACGAGGACGGCAAGAUCUGUCUAAGUCUACUGGGCACAUGGCACACCGACGAGCGGAAUGAGAGCUGGAGCCCCGCGAAGAGCACGCUCCUACAGGUUCUCGUCUCCAUCAUGGGUCUCGUACUAGUCAAGGAACCUUACUACAACGAAGCCGGCUACGACGUCCAUCGCUCAGCGCCAGAGACCAAGCUCAGCUCUGCGCUCUACACUGAGCGCGCUUACUUCCGUGCUCGCGCAUUCAUCCAUCACGCACUUACACAUGAGGUCGCACCGUUCAAGGAGGAGCUACAAUAUCUUUACCGGAGCCAAGAAGACGGCGCGCCAAAACUCCUCGACAAAGCUAUUGAAGCCGCCAAGGACGUUGUCGAGCAAAGCGCUGAGGGUAGUGAGGAGGGCGAGCGUGAUGGACUUAGGAAGAUCAGUCUGGGCGCACUCGUUAUGCUGAGGAGACAGGUUGAGAAGCUAGAAGCUUUGAAGCAGGCGAGUACUUGA